CUUUCCCCCGCACGAGGCUCGAGACAUCCGCUCCUGGCAUGGCCGGUAAGAGCAGGAUGGGACCCUUGAAAAGAAAAGAAAAGAAAAACAACAGAAAACAAGCAAAACAGAAAAAAAAAAGGGGUUCCAACCAUCUUUAAGCAGAAAAUAGAGCACCUUGAAAAAAUGUGAGUCCAUGAUCUUUUGUUUUAGAGAAUCUCUUCAUCCACAACUCAUUUGUCCUCUGUUCACUAUUUGCCAUGAUGCCGACUCGCCGAAGAAGUUAUGAGAUGACUUGUGCGUCGGUUGACCUCGUAAGCUGCUAAAUGACCUAGGAAGUCCUCUACUUACGAUCUGGGUUGUUUGUUGCUAUGAAGGUCUGGAGAGUUGCAUUGGUUUGAGUUAGGUUUGCUUGGGGACAAGCAAACGGUUAAGUGUGGGGGAGUUUGAUAACGAUGUAAUUGCACAUGUUUGCGCCCCUAGUUCUUAUCCGUUUGAGGGGCAUAGUCGUGUGUUGUGGCCUAUUUUACGCCGGGCUGUGCUAUUUUGUCAUGUUUCAGGUCCCAGGUGUCAAAGGGAAGGCUAAGCGCGAGUUUCGGGGCAUUCGGAAGUCAUUUCGGUGAGAUGGAGCCAAAACACGGGCAGACCCAAGGCAUUACACGGCCGUGUACUGCUGGCCGUGCUUUUUAUGCCGAGAGCAAAUUCGGUUUGGCAAUUUCAGUUGCAAACACGGGCACCGAAGCACGGCCGUGUUCCACCGAAGCAUGGCCGUGUCCAACGCGAAGCACGGCCGUGUUUCCAGCAGCUGCUGGCCGUGUAAUUAAGCCCUGGCCGAGGCACGGGCGGAGUCAGGCAAAGCACGGCCGUGCCCUCGACCGUGCUUUGGCCACUGAUGCUUUUAAGCAGAUUUUCAGCCACAACUCAAGAGGAUUCGAGUUUUUGAGAGAAAGAACGACUUCUAGAGAGAGAAAGUGACGAGCAAGAGUUCCCCAAGUGCCCUAGAUUGAUCUUCAACACCAUUGGAGGCCAGCUUGAGCUUGGAGAAGUGCCAAUCAACGUCCAGAAGCAGGAAUCCACCCUUCGCAGUAUGAAUUCCGUGUCUGAUUCUGCUUUUGCUUUCUUCUCUAUGGAGUAGUUCUCCCAUUCAUCUGGGUAUGGAGAACCCUAGAUUUGUAUGUUAGGUUUGAUUGUAUGAACCCAAGUACUGAUUCUAUGAUUUGAUUAUAUUCGAUUGAGGUUGAAUGAUUGAAUGACUUGAAUCCUGAUCAAAUUCCUGUUGUUUCUGCUUUAACCUAGAAUGAGAAUAUCUGCCUAGGUUAAUAGAGUAUCCUUGAUUGAAGGUAGGGAGUUGGUGACUUUAGUCGAGGAGCCAACUCACUAUUCUGUACCGGAUUUACUCCGGUAGCGGAGGUUUUGUUCUUAGGGCCUCAAUCUGUUUACUCCGGUGGAGGUUAGUCGCCCGCUAGAGACUCAGAUUGAGAGGGUCUGAAGACCUUUAGUCGAGACUUCAGGCUGUUUAAGAACCUUCCGCAGUAUAACUUUCAUAGAAACUGAACUUGGUAAUUACAAUCCGGCUUAACUGCAGUCUAGGGGGAACCAUAUCCGGGUGACCUCUUUAACCUGAAUACAACCAGUUUACUUGCUUUGUUAGUUUGUUAGUUUAAACCUGCAUUAAAGUUUCAUUGCUAGAUAACACGAAUUCACUGAGUAGUCAUCAAAUCUAGGACCCGGGUUGAUAAUUAAACCCAAACCCGCUAUACUACGCUUUAGGGAGUGGUUCCACUUGGCCAAUUCCUGGAGUGACAGUAGAGUCGAGUCACAGUGUCAUGCACCAACUGCGGGUAGGGGUGGGUAAUACUCGUGCAGGUAAGGAGAAUGACGGGUCGAUCCACUCUUGUAUGUUAUUUGAAAAAAGUGCACGCAAAAUUUUAUUUUUUAUGAUAAAACGAAGGGAACACACUUUAUGGACAAAAAAUAGUGAUAAUAGAAUGGGUAAAUGAGUCUAACUAAAUGAUAGAUAAAGUCUAACUAAUUAAAGAAAAGUUAAAAUAUGAUAAAUAUGAAUAGAUAUAAUAAAUACACGGAGGAUGUAUUAUGCAGUCUAUUGCUUUGUGAAAUACACCGUGGGAAUAGACCAUGAUGAAAUUAGGGAAUUUGAAUUCGAUUCUCGAUUGCUUAAUCAUCUAUAGGUAUUUUUUUAUCGUGCACUGAUAAAAAUAAGUAUGUAAUUGAUUAUGUAUUAUGAACUCUAACUUAAUAUAUAGUAGCUUUUAAGCAUUGUUUUUUUAAUUUAAAUUGCUGGUAUUAGGCUAACAUGAUAAAAUAUAUAGGACUACUACAACUCGUUCAUGCAUAUCCUGAAUUUUAAACAUUAAAUCCCUAAGCCAUUAAGAAAUCCAAGUAAAUCCUUAAUAAUUUGCGUACUAGGAUUAAUGAUUGAGAUUGCUUUCUAGUUGAUCGCAUUAGAAUUGACAGUUGAAUAAUCGUUUUGAUAUGAAUCAAAUGGUGAAAAUGAUGAUUAUAAGAUGAGUGGUUACGUUAACAUGGUCUGAAAAAGUGAGUUUAUUGAAAAUGAAACUAAAUAUAUAUCCUUGGAGCGAACGAGAAAGAACCUAGUUCGGAAGAGUUCGGUAAUCUCCUACAUCUUUGAGAGCCGCGAUGCACAAGGCCAAGUGAAAAGUGAUUCAAUCACUAGGGUAAAUACAACAAACCAGCGGCGUGUCCAGGAUAUAGUAGAGCACUGGGCCUCAUUUGAAUAGAAAAUUAGAAAUCGU